UGUAGUGUGUGCCCCGAGUGCAAAGUGGACUCACGGGGAACCGUGCCCCGGGCCAGGGAAGGCUUGGGUGACGGCAUGGGAGUGGUGGCCAGUACAUAGGGGCAGUGCAUGGAGGAGGGAGGAGGAGUUAAAGGAUGAUCCUGGAGGAGGGGAGCUGCUCCACACCUCGUUGAUUUGUGAGCGCGGGGUUCCAAGAGAGAUGGAGCCUCCUCACUAUGUGGAAGAGCUAGAGGACGAUGUGUUCCACCCGGAGGACUCAGAGCCUGGUGCUCAGCCAGGGGGCCUGACCUCAGCUGCUCUGUUUGCCCAGAGCCAGCCUGACUAUAUGCUGGAUGGGCUGCAGCUUUUCCCUCUUACUCACUGCUGUGGCCCAGGGCUUCGGUCAGUUGGCCAGGAAGAUAAGGCCACUCAGACUCUCAGUCCAGCAUCCCCCAGCCAAGGUGUCAUGCUGCCUUGUGGAGUGACUGAAGAGCCCCACCGACUCUUUUAUGGCAAUGCUGGAUAUCGACUUCCCCUCCCAGCCAGUUUUCCUGCUAGCCUGCGGCUUGGAGAGGAGCCCCCUGAAGAGCAGUGGGAGCAUCGAGCCGAGGUGCAGAUUGCCCAAAAGCUUCAAUGCAUAGCGGACCAGUUCCAUAGACUCCACAUGCAGCGGCACCAGCAGAACCGAAACCAUGUGUGGUGGCAAAUCCUCCUCUUCCUUCACAACUUGGCCUUGAACAGAGAGGAGAACAGGAAUGGGGCAGGCCCUAGGUGAGGCAUUGCUGCCCCUCUCUGUGUGAGGACCACAGGGAGAACCUCUCCCCACCCCACCCCUGGAGCAGGACAUCAGGGAGAACUCCAGGAAAACUGGCACUGUCUUGUGAAGUUUUUAUUAUUAUUAUUAUUAUUAUUAUUUUGAAUUUUUUGUUGUUUGUUUCUGGGGUUUCAUCCGUUUGUUUUCCUAUCUUUCUGUACAUAAGACCAACUCCACAAGGGACAUUUUCUUUGCUCCCAGCCAUCUCCCAGGCUGGGGAUCCUUGGUCAAACACUGUUGAAGGAAAGGCUGGCGAGUCUUUGUUGAUGAGACCUUCUGCUGGCUCCUGGCAAAUGGACCUUUGAGGCAGCAGGUGGCAGAGAUGGUUACCAAGCAGUGCUUUCUGGGAAAGAAGAUCUCUUCCUAUGGACAGUGCUAACUAGUGAAGAGAGAGGAGCUGGGCCUGGCCCCCAGGAUUUGGAACUUGUCCUUCAUGGCUGAUGUUGGGACUAGAUUCUAAUGCCCAAACUUGGAGAUUGGGUUGGCGUGAGGAAAACCAAACCAGAUUUGCUGACAUCACUCCUGUGUUGACCACUUUGCUUGGCUUCUCCUAUGACCCCCUUUCCAGCAGCUCUUUUACUGCAGAUUGUGGCUGUGAACUCUUUCCCCAAAGAUCGAAGAGAAAAUAGGUUUGCUGAGCCUAAAACAGAGUGGUGCUGGAUGGUAACACUGUUCUGACCAUUAUCAUUUGAACAUAACGGACAUUAAUCAAUAUUGGGCUUCCAUUUGGAUAUGCAACCAUCAGGGACUAAAGGGUUAGCAAGUUUAGCAGCCAUUUAAUUGGUUACAAAUCUGACCAGUAGCAGUGCCAGAGGAUGGAAUCCCAUGGCCAGCCCCCUCUAGCGUUACUUCCCAGGACUGUGAUGUGGGUGGGUAAGGCCACUCUGGUAUUCCCAGGGGUCUGAUUGAGUCCACAGCCACAGUGAAACAAACAUAGAAGCAGGCUGUGGAUCUGAGUUGGCAGUGACCCCAGAGUGAUAAGAACAUUUUCUUCUAGGGACCAGAAUCACUCAAAAGUAAAUUGACCUUCGUCUAGAAAUAAGUGGAAUGGUCAGUCAGCUUGUUCAUCAUCUUCCUUUGUGGGAUGAGGGUGAGGUGGGAGAUGGAGGGCUGUCAGCUUCUUUUUGGAAAGACCACGCUGAUAAAGGAGAAACCUGGUUUGAAAUUCUUGGUGUGAGUGGGGCACUAGUCAAGAGGUCGUUUUCCAAUUUAUUGGUAGGAAAGAUAUGUCAGACUGUGAGGAAAAUUAAAUUCCUGAUUUUCAUGGAAUUCUCUCCCAUCCUCCUUUGAACCUAAUGCCAGGUGGAAAAAAGCAAAGCAGGAGAGAUGGGUGGGGGUGAUGAGUGACUUAUCUGCUGAACUUUUUUGUGUGUAUAUGGAACAAAAGAUGGAGCUAGCUUCAAGGCUGGUUUCAGGUGUCUCCUAGCUUUUCCAUUUUCUCCUAGGUAUAACGCUUCUGCACGUGUCUGUCUGUUUCUCUCCCCCUUUCCCAAAGAAAACAAUGAGAAUGGCUGCCUGUCAUCUCUUGAGGGAGAUCCAGUCUGAAGAGGGAACGGGAAAAGCAUUAGUCCACUAUUUAGAAUUUUAAUUAUGCUCUGGGAAAAUAAAUCUCCAAGAAGGGAUACAAUUUGGUGCUAAAGGAAUGUGGUCCAUGGAGGAUGUUCCCCUGGGCCAAGAAGGCUCCUGUCAGAAAUGGAAGAUGGGCUGCUCUUUGGCUUUUCUUUCAGCACCAGGUCACCCUCGAUUCUAGUGGAGUCGAGGGAGAUACUAGGUGGUGGCAGUUAGUUUGGUGACCGGAGUCUCUAGAGCAGGCUGCUGACUCAGGUGCUUUUGUCACCAUGAGGCACUACUGGUUUUACCUCCCUUGUGCUUGGACUUGAUGGUGCCUCAUCCCAAGAUCUCCCCUCCUAAAGCUUGGAAUCUCAUCUCAGGGCAUGCACUAUAUUUUUUUCUGCUAAGAAAGUUAGCUUGAAGUGAACAAAGAGAAGUCUCCUAGGGCCUGAGGCAGGGACCUGGGAUGUAGGGCCUCUCAUAAGCAUGAGCAUCACAAGUGGACUUUGAGAAGGAUUCCUUUCACCUGCCCAACUCAUGACCAACACUACCCUUCCUCUAAAUGUUCCCACUGGGAUUCCAGCAUCCUUUCCUGGGUGUGUCAUGGAUGGGGUGUGCACAUUCUCCCUUCUGUGCUUCAAGACUAUGAUUCCAAGUGGUCUGACUGCAGCUGUUGUGGGCCAUCUAAAAUGAUGAGCUGUUUGCCAACCUACCGCUAAUCCUAUUGGAGCUGAUGGAGAAAGGGUAGGGGUGUCCUUAUGUGUCAUUUCCACCCUGGACCCUUAAAACUAGGCUUUGGAGACAAUUUUUUUAAAGCCCUUACUUUUUGUCUUAGUAUCAGUUUUAAGAAAAAAUACUGGCAAGGGCUAGGCAAUCAGGGUUAAGUGACUUGCCCAGGGUCAAACAUCAAAGGAAGUGUCUGAGGUCAGAUUUGAACCCAGGUCUUCCCAUCUCCAGACCUGGUGCUCUAUUUACUGAGCUGCCCCUUGGAGGCAAAAUCUACUUUUCUAUCUUGCUGAAGUUUUCCUCUUUUUCCUAUCCAUUCUCAACUCUAUCCCACAUGUGUGGGAUCAGUGCUUGGUUUCUUGUGGUUUUUCUCUCAAGCUGAGCCAGAAUUCUUGUGACUGGGGCAGGGGCUGCUCAUACCCCAGCAAGCAAUCCCCUCUUCACCUACUGACUCACUGGAUUCACCCUACCCACCUCUACAAUGUCCCCCACCAAAUUGCUAACUGAUGUGAAGUCAGGAACUAAAGUGUGUCAGACAAGCCUGGGCAAAAUUUUAAAACUAAAUGGAAGAGCCUGGGAGGGAGGGAAAAGGGCUAAUUUUGAAUUGUUUAAGAUUCUAGCCUUGCUUUCCCCACCUCCCACUGUGUGAAAAGGCUGGAAUGGUUCCUGGGUCUGGCCUCUUGAGACUUUCCCUCCCUCCAGUAGCCUGGCUGCUUCUUGGGGUGGGGAGGUAGAAGGGGAGCAAAUCAGAGAAGUGAUCUGGAACCAGCUUAAAACUGGAGAGGAGGGAAGAAAAGCCAGCUUGAGAAGUGACCUGGAACCAGCCAAGGUUGGAAGGGGGGUGGGUGGUUCUAAAGGGAGGUGAAGCCACUGUCAUUGUAGAAUUUCUCUUGGGGGCAGAGGUGAGCCUCCUUGCCAAUAUCAGAGCAGCCCCCCUGGCUCAGGAGCUUGGUGUCCCAGAGUUAGAGGUCUGUAGCUAUUGGAAUAGAUGGGCCAAAGAUGGAAGCCAGGUGGCUCACAUGGAGACCUGGGGCCAGACGCUAGGACUCCCUUUCUUGGUGGAGUUGGUUGGAUUUGAAAAGGGGGAGUAUCUGGGGCUUACCCUUCUCCAUCCCUCCGCCCACCCCCUCCAGAAUCUGAGAAGCCUAAAUAAGUGUCGGUGUGAGCCUCCCACUCUUGGGUCUCCAAGGAGUUGACCUAUCUGCAGACUCUUACUCUUGCUCAAUCCAAAGUGGAAAAAAAUCACCUCCCAAUGACCUACAAACCAGUCCCCCAGGAGCCGGUGUUUGUGUUCAGAGCAGACAACUGUGGCUUCUGAGCACUCCGAGGACACAGUGUAACUCAACUGGGCUCUUGCCACCACUAGAACUUGUCUCCCAGCCCCAUCCCACUGAAUGCACUGGAAUAUGUGUGUGCUGUGUGUAUGUGUGUAUGCAUAUAUGUGAGAAAGGGACCCAGAGAGAAAUGGUGCUCCUGCCAGCUGUCGGGGUCUGAUCCUUCCUUGUGCCUACUUUCUGGGAAGUGAGAACUAGGAAAGCCAUUUCUAUGCCUUGAGUUUCAUGAGAUUUCCUGCCUUUCAGGGGAUGUUGGGUUUUUGUUUGUUUUUGUUUUUUAUUAAAUGGAGGGACUAAGGGAAGAAAUGGGAAUGGGAUGGCUUAAGAUAUAUGUGGGUGAUUGGGGCUUGCUGCAAAUCGGAUGCUGGAGAGCCUUGUCCAGGAACUUUCCUGAGUCGGAGGGCUCCUCCUGGGGAGGAUAGAGCGGAUCCCCAGUUCUUGGGAGGAUAAGGAGGUCCUGGGAUGUUUCCCACAUUUCCCCCAUGCCUCUGAUGCUCACUUGUCGGGACUAAAUUUCCCAGGCACCAGGGUUGGCAGUGUGUGCCACCUCAAACAGCUUUCCAGGGUCUUCCCCUAUGGAUGUGACCGACUUCCUGACUUGCUUCUAAUGCCAUGGUUUUGCUGCUUCCUGGAUUGGUGCCGGUGCUGAGCAAAGAAAGUUUUUCUAACUGGUGCUUGCCUCCUUGGUGCUCGGUGCCCUCUGGAGAGGAGGGCCCUGGGGCAUGCACCCCUACAUAUUGUCUCCACAGCUGGCAGACCUCAUCGGCUUAAUCGAAAUGGCCAGGCUCUCCGAAGCUGGCCAAUUGGGUAACCUCCUCCCUUUCUCACCCUUUCCCUUCCCCCUCAAUCCACACCAACUGGGCUGUUGCCAAGUGGCACAGACCCUGUUUCUCUGCUGUGGACUGAGACCCAGUGAGAAUGUAGCAUUUUGUUAACACCCCCACCCCUUGCUGAUGUAGUUCCAGGACUCUGCCCUUUGCCCCCUGGGACAUGGCAGGGAAAGAGGGAGAGAAAUAGAAUUGGGGGAGAGGGGAGAAGGAGGAAAAUUGGGGGAAGGGGGCCUGUUUUGUAUCUGUACAGUAUACUGGCUUUUAUGUUCUUCACACGCAUAUAUAUAUGUGUAUAUAUAUGGAUUCUUUUUUUCAACAACUGGUACAAUUUUUAAUAAAAUCAUUUAAAGCAAA